CUAAGUCUAGAUCUAGAUCUAGAGUCUAGAUCUACUUUUCUUCGUCUUCUCGAUCAGUACUUGCGAGUACCCAAGGCCCAAACCCAAGCAUUUUGAAACUCGAGGAAGUCGUUUUCUACCAUCAGGAAGAUGGAAUCGUCAAAUGACCUUGGGAAUACUGACACUGUGGGACCAAAUGGUCUGGAGUUUAUCUUUGAAGGUGGAAAAGGUAGAUGUUUUGUCUGUAAUGUCGAGUUCACCUCAAGAGCACUGGCUGAUCAACAUUUGUCUGGACAGAAACACAUGAAAAAAUGCCAAAACCUACGUCCAUUUGAUUUCUCUAGACCUCCAGCUCCUUUGCAGAGAAGCAAUGCUACAAUCCAGGCUUCAGUGCCCAGCUCAUUAGAAAUUUGUCCCUCUUCAGUUGGAGGAACCCUUGGCCCAGGUGGCAAAGUGUAUGAAAUGCAUGGUUCACAAGGUAUUUGUUAUGUCUGUAAUGUUGAACUGUCAUCACCUCUGAUGGAAGAAAGCCACAUCAAUGGUCAAAAACAUCAGAAGAAAGUGGCAGCUCUCUCUGGUUCCAGUGUAGAAAAUAGUGGUCCUCAGCCUGUUGAUGCAAGCCAAACACAGAACCUGCUUAAAGGAAUGGCCAGUGGAAAAUUGCUCAUGUGUUCUGUAUGUUCAGUGGGUUUUUCUGGACCACAGAAUGCUCAACAACAUUUUCAGGGUGCCAAACAUCUGAAAAAAUUGGCCCAGUUGAAUUUGUUAGGUAAAUUAAGCACAGAUUUCAGCAGUGACCCAGACCAGACUGAAGUAAAAGAAGUUUGGACCCCAGUGACUCAACAAAGCAUGUCAUCGCACAGUUUUAGCACAAGCAGUUCAAACAAGACUUUAUUAGCUCAUAGUUUGCCAGCACCCGUCACUGAUGUUGUCACAUCUGUUCAGGUGAGCGAACAUAUUGCUUCGAAUGAACAGAAUAGUUUACAGUUAGGACUUGUACUCACCUCUCCUGUACAGUUCACAACAAAACCCUCAGUUGACUCAGGAGAAAGACAGAAACCUGAACCAGUAACUGCUGCAGGUCUAGAAGGAGGCCGUGGUGAUCACUCAAAUAGUAGUUUCCAAAGGGCCAUCAGUGUGUCAUCAGAAGAAAAUGUUGUCACCAACGAAUCUAAUGUGAAGAACCAGCAGAUGGAUAAUUUUUGUUCAAACCUGAACGAGUCCCCAAAGUUGAAGGACAAAGAUAAUAUCAUUAGGAGCAUCAGUACCAGUGAUGGGAAUAGUUUUCCUGUGUCUGAAACAAGUGGUGGUUUUGGAGACUCAAGUUUAACCUCAAGCAUAACAGAUAAUUGGUUAAUUGGACAGAAUAGAGCAGUUGGAAACCCAGAGAGUACUGCUCGGACUACCUUAAGUCAUGAGGGAAAUCAGCAGCAUCUUCCGUCAUGUUCAGAUGGUCAUGGUAUGGAUAUUGGCCAACGACAACACUUUGUGAUAUGCACUAAAGAUCGUGUAACUGAAACAAGAGUACAGCAGGUGCAUUCUCCUUUUGAUGUGGGACUGAACUCUGAAGGGUAUACUUUCAAUGGUGUUAAAGGAUUCUGUUAUGCAUGCCAAGUGGAUUUGACUUCUCUUCAAUUAGCUAAACAGCAUGUCAAUGGCCAAAAGCACAAGAAGAAGGUUGAUUUGUACAAACAAGCCCAGACUGUUUCAGGACAAGUUGGUUUUGGCCAGUACUUGCCUUCAGGGGCACAGACCCCAUUGGCCCCAUCAGACUCUCAGCAUGAUAGAAGAGAUGAAACCUACUAUUUCUCCCAGCUGCAGGGUAGAGGCUACUGCCAAGCAUGCAACAUUGAGCUAACUUCAUAUCAACACUGUCAACAACACAUCAAUGGCAGCCAACACCGACGGCGACAACUGAAACUUAGUGAAGAGAGUGAAGAGUUUCCCCUCUCUUGUGAAGUUUGUGCAAAAAGUUUCACAGGGCAAGAAAGUGCUGCUCAGCACUUCGCUUCUGCAAAGCAUAAACAGAAAGUGGAUGUUAUAAAUGAGUGCAAGACCCUUGAGUAUUUACAGCAUGGCCGCAAAGUCAGAAAAGACGGAAGCAUUUGGUAUGCCUGUGACAUUUGCAAGUGCCUGAUGAACACCAUUGAGCAAUUUCAGUUCCACAAGAAAAGUCCCCGGCAUCAGAGUGAACUUCAGAAGUGCUCCAACAGCGGUGUAAAUGCUCCUGAAACAGAUCUCAGUCAUGCCUCUGGAGGUGAUGCUAAGUCUGUGCCAGGGUCCCCUGAAGUAUCUGCUAUUUUGUCUGGAAGCAAUGGUGGUUCUGAGCCCAGAGCGGAGACUGCAAUGAGCCCCAGGGUGCAAAAUACAAUACAGUCUGUACUGGAGCAACAUUACAAGGUGUUGACGUUUGGACGCGAGCCGUCGGUCACUCCACAUGUUGAUGACAGGAGAAACUUUCAAUACGGCUCUAAAGACUGUCAUAGAGAAGGGACUUGCAGUGAUGAAAGAGAUUUGAGUGCCGUUGGAGCUCCAAGUCUGUCUGCUUUGUAUCAAGGUGAAGGUCCCAGUGGAACAGAUGGUCUCUCUAAUAAUUCAUCAGGUCAGCAUGCUUCCCUCGAAGACAGCCGGAAUGAUGCAAGUGUUCAGAGACCCCCAAGGCCUGCCUCAUGUGAAGCAGGACAAAGUGGUCAAGUUCUUUCCCAGGUUGGAAAUGCCAGCAGACGUGACAACAUUGGCAGUGCCCGUUCUUCAGAAGGUGCCUGUUUCUCAUCGAUUCUUCCUAGUGAAAGAGGUUAUAACUUAGUGUGCACUCCUCGAAGCAACUUCCAGCGCAGCAGCUCCGGUGGGUGUGGAGACAGGAGGAGCUCUGAGAGCAGCCAAGACAAUAGGGAGGAUGGCUCAGGCACAAAGGGUGGUGCAGAAGGUGGUCGCGACAGUUCCAGUCAUAUGACUGGGGCUAGAGGAAGCGUAGACUCGGACAUGAUCUCAUCUAAACCUCGGGGUGUUGCUCAAGGACGGACAUCUCGUGCUGGACUGAGAGGCAUGGUAUCUGUGGAAUAUAUGGAGAGAUGUGGAGAAGAUUAUAAAGAAGAUUCAUCGGAUAAAGAACCUGGUGAUUUUGAUAAGAACAUUGAUACAGAGGAGGAACCACCUGAACCAACCAAAAGAAAGUCAGAGGAGCUGGCUGGGAGGAGUUCCAAGUCUGGGUCCCCAUACUAUUGUAACAUUUGUAACGCGCGUAUGGAUACAAAAGCUAUGUAUAAAAUCCACAUGGCAGGUGCAAAGCACAUGUUCAAUGAAUCCAAGAAAUCUGCUCCUACGAGACAGCUGAAGCCUGUUGCGAAGACAGAGUUCAGUGAUGAUGCCUGUGAUACUGCUUGCAAUGCGGUGGACACCACACCACGACCAUACCAAAUUGAGUUGGUUGAAAAAGCGCUUAAGAGUGACUCUCUUGUCUACCUACCCACAGGUACUGGCAAGACACUGGUUGCCGUUGUGGUUAUUGCUGCUAUGCUUGAAGCCAACACAGACCGUCCAGUUCUCUUUUUGGUAGACAAAGUCCUGUUGGUCAUGCAACAAGCAAAAUAUAUCAAAAGGCAGUUGGGUCAUCGAAAAUUCAAGAGAGUGAGUCUCACCAAAGAUACUGAAAUAGAGGAAAGAGACUUGGAAGUUAAGAUUAUUUGUGGUGGAAUGCAGAGCAAAAGCACACUGCCUAUUUGGAAGCAUGACAUUGUGGUCACCACUGCAGCAUUCUGUGACAACAUGCUGUCCAAAGGGGUGGUCAGAUGGGAAGACUUUAGUUUGGUGGUGCUAGAUGAGGUCCAUCACUGUGGAAAGCAGCACCCAUAUCACAAACUGCUGAGUGUCCACCACCGGUGCUUGCCCUAUGAGUCCCGUCCAAAGAUGUUGGGGCUCACAGCUUCUCCGGCUGGGAAGUCUACGGUUGAGGAAGCCUACAAGAUGUUGAAGAACCUACUCAGCAACAUAGGCAAUGCCAAGAUAGCUAUUGUUGAGGGAGAGCUGGCUAUGGAGAGCUUAGCCAGCUACAAGUCUGAUGCCCAGCUGAAGUCCAUCCAUGUGCCUCUCAGCUCUAAGGAGGAGGAGCUGAAACUGCGCCUGCUGAAUUACUUCGUCAGAUGCUACUCCAGGUUUGCUCAGAUGUCUCCUGAGCUCAAAGACAAUCAAGAGACUCCCUGUUUUUAUCUUUGGGAUGCUGUUCAGAGGCCAGAUGAUCAAGAGGUGAUGGACGGCAUAGCAAAUAGGUUGCUCUCGGACCCUGAGCCUUUGAGUGCAAUUCUUCAAGUUAUUUAUAAUGCCAAAAGGUCGGACAGCGUUCUAGAUAUAACAUUUCAUUAUGUUCGAGAGCACUUGUGCAAGCUUGCAUUGGCUUUAUUGAAUAUUGGAGUAGAUGACGAGUGUAUAGAUGACUUGUUGUCACAGUUCAAGUCGGAAGAUAAUGCAACUGUUGAAGUGGUGAAGGGCUUUGGCCUGCCAUGUGAUGACAUGUACCAGAGAGUGCUUCACUUCUCGCAGGAUGGCAAGGACGAUCUCUCCAUGUAUUCCAAAUUAAUGCAGGUGCUGCAGGAGAAGGAGUACAUUGACUGGUCGAAUCCUGAAUGCAAAGCUCUAGUCCUGGUGCGAGAGCGCAAGCAGGCGAAACAACUGUGUCAGCAGCUGCGCAAGCAUGAGUUUGUGAGGGACAAGCACAGAGUCUCGCAGCUGGUUGGCCAUGGGAAAACGGGGAAAGACAAGGGUAUGAAGGUCAAAGAGCAGAAGCAAGUCAUGGACAAUCACGAAAUAAUUGAUAUCAUCGUCGCCACUUCCAUAGCGGAAGAAGGGGUUGAUUUUCAGGCUUUGCAACUGGUGGUGUGUAUGAAUCCACCUACAAGUGUCACAGCUCUUGUGCAAAUGCGUGGUCGUGCCCGACGAAAGGGCAGCUUUUUUGUCAUUCUGUGCAGCAGCGAACAGGAAGUUGAAAAGUUGAACACCCUGGUGAGCCAGGAGGAGAGAAUGCAAGAGGCCUCCAAGAGAUGUGCUGCAGAAAAUGAGCUCUGUGAAAGAGAGGAGAGCUGAGGAACCUUGGGGAGUUUGGAGAUUACCCCAGAGCUUUUAUGUCUCUUGUCUUUGCCACCUUCUGGACUGGAGAAGUGGAUAUUUGGGGUGAAUCUAGGUGCCUGGUGAAUGCCUCUCUCAAUGCUGUGAUAAAUACCUACUUGUGAGUUCUAGAUUGUCCAUCACUGGAUCUUUGUGGAGAUGGACUUCAACUCUUUCAUUACUACUCUCACCUAUUUGUUGUUUGGGCUUGCAUUAUUGAGAAGUAAUUAUGACUGAAGGCAGUGGCCAACCACCCCUGGUAGUGUGUGAGUUUAACUGCAAGCUUGACUUCAAUACAUUUCGAAAGAGAGCCAGGCUUUUUAUUGAAUAUUAUUGCAUUUU